UAUGCACAAACACACUUCUCGCCUUCCACAAGACGACCGACCAUCUUUCACCGAGGGUUGAGGAUCAGUGGGAUUAACUUGUGGGAGCUUAGUGAUUAAGUUAAAUUCCUUAUGAGCGAUUUGUUCACACUGCGAGAUCUUUUGUAUACAAAGACUUAGUGCUGGUGCGAUCUCCACAACAAAGAGACUGGAGGCUCAGUCAGACCACAGGACAGUUAAGCAGCCCCCACUUCCUCAUCGAGAGAACAUCAGCUUCCUGCGACGCCUCUGCUUUCUGGUCAAUCUACUGACGCCUCUCCUCUGCGCUGGAACAGAUCAGCUUCGACGGAUAAAGAGUGAUCGGCGCUGGAAAGUCUGCUCUGACGCUCGACAGGAUAUUCUCUCCAGAAAGCCGACUUGUCUGGAUUCAAAGAGCGAUCCGAGCUCACAGGGAAGCUGUGAUGCUGUUUUCACACACUUAGCUGCGUCCAUCAUAUCCAGACAUGCUGCAGCAGUCAGAGCUCAUCUUUGACUUUGCCAGCGACCAUUUCAACACUGCACAGCUGGUGGGUCACUCAGAUUACCCUGCGGUGAUUGUGGAGCAGGUUCCCCAUCCACACCUGCUCUCCUACACAGGGCUGGCAUGUGAGCAGGCGCAGACAGAGCAGGAUCACCAGCAGCUGCUCAAAGUGGAGCCGUGCGAUAGCGGCGAGGAGGAGACCAUGGAGACGCUGGUGGCUGCCGACUCGCUUCUCAGCAUGGACUGUGCCGACACGCUGCCGCUGGACCAGCCCUACACUCAGACCUAUUUCCAGUCGCUGGGAGACGUCGUGGCCACUCCUGUCACCCAGGUGACGGUGUCGGCGGAGGGGGUCGUGGGCGCCGUCGACCAGCGCAGGCUCUCGCUGCACGCCGACAAGGUCCGUGACUCAGCUGCAGCCAAGAAGAGAGGUAGGAAGCCACGCCAUCGGAGGGCAGACUCCCCAAUCCAAACAUCCGUGAAGAAGGACAAAUACAACAAAGGAGGAAACACGCUGUACCUGUGGCAGUUCCUGAUGGAGCUCCUGCAGGACAGGCAGGUCUGUCCGCGCUACAUCAAAUGGACCAAUCCCCACGCCGGAAUCUUCAAGCUGGUCAAUUCCAAAGCGGUGGCCAGGCUCUGCAAACACAAGAACAAGCCGGACAUGAACUAUGAGACGAUGGGUCGAGCGCUCAGGUACUACUACCAGAGGGGCAUCCUGAACAAGGUGGAGGGCCAGCGCCUGGUGUACCAGUUCACCUCUCUGCCCAAAGACAUGGUUUAUAUCACCGAAGGCGAUGGCGCCCAGGCGGAGGCAGACGACAGAUGCAGUGACGACGAGGAAGCGAGCGACGACUCCGACAGUACCAUAUCCUCCAGCGACCGCUCGGUGAACGAGGAGGAGUCUCCGCCGCACAAGAAGACCUGGUCCGGCUCGUCGCGGGCUCAGCGCGGCGGGCCGGAUCCCGUGCCCCCGGUUCAGCGCGGCGCCGGCUCCAGCCUGAUCCAGGAGCAGCACCUGCCCAUCGUGUCCGCCGAGAUGCUGCGGACGCUGCAGAACCUGCAGAAGGUCCGGUCGCUGCAGCCCGCCGGCCACGCCUCCGUCUUCCAGACGGCCCAGCUGCUGGGGAGUCUGUGCGAGCGCCAGGCCGCCGCCGAGGGAGCCGGACCCGCGCAGAGUCCCAGCCCGGACAGAAAGCGUCACGGUCCGUGUCUUUAAUGACCUCCGACCCCGUGUCCAAACACUGGCCGGCUUCAGGGCUGCGCUCUGCUCGCCAGCGGAGGUUUCCAGGCUCGCAGUUCUGCUCUGAAUUGAUCUUGUUUGUGAACAGGGGUGUUUUCCAUUGAUACGGAAUGAUUGGUCUGUUUACUGUCUCAGAAAAGACGAAACACCGUUAAGUGGGCUUCAGUUUUUAUCUGCAGCCUUUCACUUUACACCAAAGACAGACAGCACUGGAAACCGCAGCCUCUGCUUCGCUGUUCCAUCCGCACACUGCCCUCCUCAGUUGCCUUUACUGUUUUAUUUUCCUCUGUUUUUGUUUGUCCUCUCACAUUUUGACUCGUUCCUUUGAAAGUGGCUUUUGCACUAAUGUUUACUCCUGCUGUACGUUUCUUCUCUAAGUGCCUGAAAUGUCGAUCAGCUCCUCUGCUCCUGUUACUUUGAGGUUAUUGAGGGAAAACAUUCCAAAAUAAUGUUUUUUUUUUUUUUUUUUUUUAAGUCGUGUUCGUGUUGAGCGUUGAUGUAAAGAAGGGAUCACUGUCGUUUCUAGAGUCGUAGCUAAGCACUGCUGCUGUUUAGAGUGUGUACCUGUCUAAUCAGCGGAGAUUUCUUCUCUGGACAAUCAGCAGCGAUGUGGUCGUCAGGCCCGCCUGCCUCCUAUAGCCUUAUUCUACUUUCUGCCAUGCUCACGUUGGAUUUAGUGGUUGCACCUACAGAAUAUAAAUCCAUAUAUGCACCUAUAAAGCCUUUACGUCUGUUGGUGUGGCUUGUUACAUACUGUAUGUUUGUGAAAGUGCUUCACUCGUGCUGCGUUGCCAUUUUCUCUCUCAGGUUCGUAAACUUUGUUUUUGCUGCACAUAUAUUUAUGCAAGGAGUUUAAAAAACUGCCUCUUAAUAAUGAAGUAUGUAGUUUGUGUUUUCCUCUGCAGCCUUCUGUCAGGCUCAAAUUAGUUCGGAGAUGCUUAUAGAGUAACUGUGAUUUUUUUGCUCUGCAGGGAACUCUUAUGCAAAACUGUUUUCACUUUAUAAAAGCUUUUAAUUUAAUCUCCUCUCACUUUGCCUUAUCUGGGGUCUUGUAAUACUGUUUGGCCUUAAUGUAGAGGCCCUUUUUUUUCUUUUUUUAUGUGUGUUGGAAGUUAUGCUAUGAAAUAAAGAAAAUAUUGAUUCUGAGAUUUCCA